AUGACUGCCGCCAGAACCUCUGAGCAUUCAACGCAACAAGCCAAACGAACGAGUAUUGCAGUCCGACAGUAUCGCCCCGAAGAUCAUGCCACCGUCACAAAGAUUUUCGUCGAGGGUUUGAUGGCGUUCGACGACAAUCCGGACUUCCGCUACUUGUGGGAGGAGCGUCUGCGCAAGGAUUUAACGCACGACUUUGCGGAUAUCGAAGCCAGUCAUAUGGCUCUGGGUGGCAACUUCUGGGUGGCGACAGCGACACAGGACGAAUCAACCAAGAUCGUUGGGAUCAUCGGGUUGCAACGCAGAUCUGAGAACGUGGGCGACGUUCGCCGUUUAUUUGUCGACUCGAAUUGUCAACGCAUGGGAGUUGGAAGGAAGCUCAUGGCUGAACUUGAAAGCUGGGCGAAGCAGACUGGGAUCAAAAGCUUGUUCUUGACGACGGUGUUGCUUAAGCCGAAGACGGGAAAUUGUGGAAUGACAUGUAUUGAAUAG